CAAACAGGAAAAACAGAAAAGUUAAAACACAGCACAGUGCAUGGUAUUUAUACAACGAGUAAGUUCCUUCUAAUAAAUAACAUCUAAUUUCUAAAUAAAUAAAUAAAUAAAUAAAUGAAUGAAUGCAGUCUCCCGGUGAGCAGGCCAACACUGCCCUGCUGUGGCGAGGAACCCAAACUCCAAUGAUUGAUUAAUGGAUAAAAAAACCUCGGGAGAAACCAGGCUCAACCGGGAGGGCCAGAUCCCCUCUGACGUGUCAUAGCUGCACUCAGACUGGUGACAUGUGAUUUUAGUUUAGCAUUUAAUACCAAAUAUUGUAACUUCAGCAUUAUUAAGACAAAUAGUCCGUCUUUGCUCUUGGUUGGGGAUGUAGUGGUCUAAGCUGGGAUGGUCCGAUGGUCAUAUUUUUUUUCUUGGCAGCUGGUGGAAUUGCCUUAGAUGGAGCUGGGAUGGUCAGUCAGUCUGCAGCUGUAUCUGGUGUAAUCUCAAAUUGGGGAUGGGCAUCUGUCGGUCGUCUGGACAUGGUGGAACUUCUUCCUACCUCGGGAUGGGCAUCCCGAGGCAGAGGCGGAAAGAGAAUAAAGAGAAUAAUUAGCGUAGCUGCUGUUCAUUAACUAUGCAUUAAGUGAAAGCUUGGCUGAAACUUGUGUUUACUUCAGCAUUAGCUAAGGGAUGAUUUGCGUUUAGGUGGUACUUGAGACUGGAAGAGCUCCUACAGUACAUUUACAUUUAGCAGACGCUUUUAUCCAAAGCGACUUACAAAGAGUGAGGGAGCAACAAGCCAUAUGUCAUACAGGAGCCAUAAUACAUUAGAUCUCAAUACAAAGUUACUGGUUUCAACUAAAGCUAGACCACUACCUGUUAAGAGAAAGUGUUUUUUUUAAACCAAUUCCGCAUUGCACAAGGUGCAAACAACGUUAGUCUUGUCGAUGUUUCUAUUGGGAAGCUUCUUAAAAAUUAAUAUUCCCUGAAGCAAACCCGGUGGCUUCAAAACUGCAUCCAUGUUAGCACGUCACGUUUGAUGCGGUAAUUUCACAGUAAUGUUAUGUUGUGUUCAGACCAAACGCGAAUGGCGUGUCAAGCGCGAGUGAUUUAUAUGUUAAUGCAAAGAGCCAAUAGACCUACUUGCUGCGCGAAUGAAGCCCUGGUUAUGAGAUGAUGAGGCGGCUUCUGCUUCCGCGAAUGACGCGAAUCACGCGAGUUGAAAAAUCUCGUUCUAGCCCCGUACAGUGCAGUUAAGCUGGUAUACAUCCGCGCUAAAAUAUCAAGGUGAAAGUCAUCAUAGCUUGCGUAGUAUAGACCCAGCUCCCAACCCAACUUUGAGAAUAGAUUAACGGCGACAUUUUUUCACUGUUUUCACUGUUAACGGCCCACCACUAAUUUCUACACAUCGCAAUAUAUAUCGCAGAAAAAAAAAAUAUCGCAAUGUACGUUUUUUUCAAUAUCGUGCAGCCCUACUCCACAUGAGAUAUAUUAUAUAUAGUUAUAGUUAUUUUUUUCACAUAAUUUUCCCAAUGUUUACUUCCUGAGGAAUUCACAAUUUUAUACUACAUAGAAAAAACUUUAUAAGUUAAAAGUAAGUGACUUCUUUUUACCUUACUUAAGGACCCAUUAUCAGACCUGAUGAUGAUAACAACAUAACAUAAUGACUGAAUUAAAAUAUUAAAUGAUUUGUUUCUGUUCAACUGAAUAAACUUCUGGAAUGCUUAUGGUAUGUGGAUGAAGACAUCAGAGGGAAAAUUGUAAUAUUCUUUCCUGUAGCUCAGUGGUAAGAGCAUUAUGUUAACAACACAAGGUCAUGGGUUCGAUCCCAGGGGAUUGCACAUACUUUGAAACAAAUGUAUAGGUUAAUACAAUGUAAGUCGCUUUGGAUAAAAGUGUCUCCCAAAUGCAUAAAUCUAAAUCUAAAUAUUCAGUAAACUAUGUUUAUAGUUAAACAUUUUGAAGUGCCGCACACGCACAGCGGGGUCAUGUGAAGAGAGAAAGCGGCUAGUUUUUUCCGCGCAGGUUUCAACACGAAAUGUGAAUCGAGCCUUAUGCAGUUUAUCUGUUACUACUUCAAUUUUAAUGACGAUUUAAGAAAUAUACUUAUUUGAAGAAUAAAGCUUAUCCUACUAAAAUCAUAAAGCGCAUGUGAUAUGAAACAUGUUUUCUUUUUACACACAGACAUGUGGAUAACACUUCUGUCAGCAGCGGGGUGCUCUGUGUUUGUUCUCACAGGACUCAUGUGUUACUGUAUGGGUCGAUAUAUAUGUAAGUCAACAUUUGUGAGUUUACACAUAAUGGUUGUAUAAAAACUAACAUGCGAUAUAAAUAUAAAAUUUAACAUGCGAGUUGAAUUGAACAAAUAAAGCUCUGCAUCUCUGUUUUCUAGGCAAAGAAAGAACUAAACGGUAAGUUUUCCAUAUGUAAUAUAUCCAUGUUUAUAAUAAAUAUCUAUGUGUGCAAAAACACAUCAUACCAAAAAUAUUUGAUUUAAAAAAACAAGUAGAACAUACUUAAAGUGCUCUGUAUUAUUGUCAGGCAAAGAACUGCAGGAGAUACAGUGAGUGUAUGAUUUUUUUAUUCUCUAAGUAUUUACAUGUUUAAUACACCACAAGAAGGAAAGAGAUUAUGAUCUUAAUACCUUAUUCUGUUAUUUAGCGUGCUACUCGACCCACGGAGAUUUACUCUAUGAUCACUUCUGUACCAGACACAUCUCAACCCACUGGUAUGACAGCAUCACACUCAGUAAAUCAUUACACAACCUGAUGAUUAUUCUUCAAUUUAUUCAAAGCGACUUUUAAUGGAGGUGGCAUCAAAGUUUUCCCCUAUAGGCAAAAUACAGGCUUUUCACAGAGACCUUAUACAGUGUUGAGCUGAAAAAUCAUCAUCUUACUUUCCACCCAUAUGUUUGAAAUAUAAACAUUCUACUGAUGUUGUUGUUAACUUUCUUAUUCUCUGAAAAGGUCUCAAGCAUGCACAGUCACACCAGGACAGCAAACCAGGUCCCUCUGACACUUACUCACUUAUAACUUCAACCUCCAAACCCUCAGGUAACAGAAUAGAACGCAUUGAUGCAAUAACAUUUAUUGUGAGUCUGACGUAAAAAAAUGUCAGCCGUUGAGAGAGAGAGAGUCGUGACAACGGAAGUUCAAACAUGUUGGGCGUCACGUGAUUACAUGGAGUGAAUGGCCAUUACUGUGAAAAAUACUUUCCAUUGGAGUCAACAGAGUUGACGCGACUCUUUCUCUCUAACGGCUCUGAUGAAACCUACAUGAAGAUAAAUCUUUGAAACAAUCUUGGAAUUUUAAAAGCUUUUGUUUUGCAUUGCAGACGGUUUGGUUAAUACACAACACAAGAAGGAACGUACUGAAGAGAAUGAGGUAUGAACACAUGAAGCGUGUCAUUUAGGGCGUUUCUUUCUCCUGUCUUAGCUUAACACCCACAUACAGAUACAGUAUAUGCAGCCAUUUACAGGCUGAUUUCAACAAAAAUGUCUAAAAUUGUCUCACUUUUUUAUGUUUGGUGAGAACAGCAGAAACAACACUUUUACCUUAAAGUGAAACAUAAUGAAAUUUCCAUCAUUAACAGAGACCUAACAUGUCUAUUGUCUUUCUUCCAUCAUAUAGAAUGCUCAUCACAUGUACUGCACCAUCACUGACAAACCAGAGAACACUGUUCCAGCAGAUCCCAUCUACAGUUUGGCUGAAUAAUAACUCAAAACCUGUUUCAUUAUCUGCAUUUUGCAUCCUUUGACAGCAUGUUAUUUGCUAAUGCUCAGAUAAUAAGGGAUCUUUAUCUACUGACAAAGGAGUGCUUACAUUUAUUUAAACCACUUUAAAGGGACAGUUCACCCAAAAGUGACAAUUCUGUCAACGUUUAAUCACCCUCAGAUUGUUCCAAACCUGUAUAAAUGUAUUUGUUCAGAUGAACACAAAGGAAGAUAUUUGGAAGAAUGUCAGUAACCAAACAUAUAUCAUCCCCCAUUGACUGCCAUAGUAUUUAUUCUCCCUACUAUGGCAGUCAAUCGGUUUGGUUACUAACAUUCUUCCAAAUAUCUUUCUCUGUUUUUAUCAGGAAAAAGAAAUGUAUACAGAUUUUACAGAACUUUGUGAACUGUCCCUUUAAGAAUAACAUUGCAUAUGAAAUACACAGCGUCACAAAUGCUUUUAAAUUGAUGAGAAGAUUAUUUUGAGUUUCACACGAGCUCUUUCCCAUCAUAAUGAAAACCUUGUCAGAUUCAAGUCAUUGAUUCAAGUUGCAUUUUCUGUUGUUUUUGCACAUGUACACGUGUUAGUUCACAUGUACAUAUAUAUGUACUACUGGUGUCAGUCAUUCUAUAUCUGUUUAAUAUCUACACUAUUUAACUAACUGAAAAUGAAUACUUCUAAGACAUUCAAUAAUCUGAUAACACAAUUUUAACAUUUAAAAAUGCAUAUUUCAACAUAUCAAACAUAUGUGUUAUCAUAAGUUAGUGUACAAUUAAUAAUAAAUCCUGCAAUAACAUGUUGCCUAUUGUUUGUCAUAGAAUGUGUUACCAUUAGAUUUAAAAUACCAACACUAGCUUUUAUCAGGAACCCAAUUUCAUAGAAGUAAAUGUACAUUUAUAUUUAAUGAUUUCACUUUGCUCGACGAUCUUUGCAUGUGAACUAACCUCAUAGCAUUUAGUGCAGAAAGGUGUGAAAGAUAAGCUUGGCAUCUAUUUGUGUCUGUUUUACAAAUGCCUUUAUCCAUUCAGUGUAUUGUCAGGUGGUGAACAAUGUUACAAAUGAAACACUUUAAGUCAUUAACUAACAUACUGUUAAACAAACUAUUAAUUCGUUUUAAUAAGAAUAUGUAUGUAGAAUAGUGUAUGUAGUCUUAUAAAAAAAUAAGUAAAUAAAAUAAAAUAAAAAUGUUUUUAAAAUAAAAAUAUAAAUAAAAUGUCAUGAUAUUUUAAACUUGACAUUUUGUCUUUCUAUAAUAUAACAAGUGUUAUUUUUAUUAUUAAAGUUGAAUUUGUUCUUGUUUAAUAAAACAACACAGUUUUAACCUUUCGAGACCUUUGAUCAAGCACUUUAUUUGAGGUGCACGCUUAAAAUAAUGAACUCACAUUUUUACAGAGGAAGUUGCAAACAUAGAGGUCUAUUAUAACAGCGUGGCAACAUAACAUGCAUGUGUGUUGAUGCCAACUAACUGAUGCACCAGACAUCAGAAUCAUUACUAAUUGUACAAAUUGUUUCCAAUCAUUUACAAAUUCUCUGGUAUAAACACACACACACACACAACAUGCAAACACUUGCAUAGGUUAAGACGUACACAUGCAAAUAGUCCUUGCCAGGGGCGUGUUUACCAUUUUUGGGGCCCUAAGCAAAGUCAAGACCACAUUGCCUAACAUUUUUUUCCAUUUUCUACCGCUUAUCCGAACUACCUCGGGUCACGGGGAGCCUGUGCCUAUCUCAGGAGUCAUCGGGCAUCAAGGCAGGAUACACCCUGGAUGGAGUGCCAACCCAUCGCAGAACACACACACUCACUCACUCAUUCUGCCUAACAUUUAAUUCAUGGAAUUAAUGAGACAUAUAAAUACAAAUAUAAACUGCCAUUAUUUUACAUUGAACCACUUAACAGCACAAAAAUUCUCUACAGUUUGUUAUAAGAAUAAACCUUCUCGAUUUUGGGAUGAAAAGUAUGCUUUGUUAUAUUCAGAAUAAUACAGAAUGGUUUGAUACACAAAGAUGGAUUUUAGCACCUCUUGGCGUACAUUUUGAUAUAUAUAGGCCCGGUUUAAGGUUAAUACCAGAUUAAAUUGAAUGUGUGGACCUGUUUUAACUGAAUAUAACUUGCUCAGAAAUAUCUUAAAAUAUAUCAGUGCCAUUGUUUUGUCUCGAGAUGCACUUCAGUAAUGUAUUCUUCGAAUGUAUUUUUAUAAAAGCGAUAUAAAUAUCUUAAUUAAACUAAAACAUAGUCCUGGCUUAAACUAAGCCGUGUGCGAAAAACCAGGCCAUAGUGUUCUUGUGCACUGUUACCAGGAAGAUAAUCUUUUCAUGCAUGAACUGUGAUAAAUUUAGAGCAUAAAGAACUUUCCUACAAAUAUUUUUCCACUUUUUAUUUCCACUUGAGCGGACAUUUGUAGACGUGAGUUCACUGGAUGAUGUGCAACAAUCAAAACUAACGCAUACACAAGAAAUGGCUUUUGGAAUAGCUGUCCACUGAGCUCUUUGUGUGAAUGGGUUCUCCAGUGUUUCCAUAAAAGAUUAGCAGGAAAAGGACAUGCCUGUGCUUGAUAAUGCAGAAAUGAAGAUAUCACGGCCCAUCUCAUAUUAUUAAUAAAAUAGCUUCACUGUGUUUCAUGUCUUUCUGUUUUAUAAGCCUUAUAUUCAAACAGUUUUCAUGAACUUUUCUUGAUGUUUUCACAAACUUCAUACAGGUGCUCUUUUUAAACCCAUCAUGAGUGUUUAUGAAAGCUCUGACCAGAUCUCAUGUGAAAUCCCAGAGUCAGUCAGAACUGAUUUCACCUGUAAUCUCUACACUGAAGAUGGACCUCUCAGACACAGAAGUCGUUCUCACAGAACACAGUCUGAAAAAAGAGCUGUUGUGUAACUCGGGCAAUAACAGUAUGUGAGAUUGGAACAACAACGUUUCUAUUAAUAAAAAUAAAGAUAAAAAGGGUUCAGAAAUUAUGAAGUAGGAUGUCCAUUUACACAGUUUUGGGUAUGUAGGACAGAUUACAGGGAAAGAUAAUAAAAACUCCAAUGUUGCAAUUGUUAAAAUGAAGAUAAAUGAUUCUUACUCUGAAACUGUAAGGUCUGUGAUGUGACCACAAACUAAUGAUUUACACAUCCACAAAUAUAAAAGCUGAGAGCUGAGAGCACAACACAUGAAGUGGUUUCCUGUGGGCUAUCUUCCACUUCCUAAUUCAAACACUCUGUAAGUCUUGUUCUGUCUCACUCGUCUUGCACAUGGAGCUCAUGGAGCUGUUCAAUAUCGUUGCGUUACACUUUCUGUUGGAUGUUCAGUCUUACAGUAAGGGAUCUAUAUUUAUUUAUGAAAUUUACAUUAUUAAGCAGAUGCUUUAAUUCAAAGAUGAGGAACAUUAAAAAGACUUUGUCAAACGAGAUCUGCAAUAUUUGUAGUGUUAAACUGUCAAGUACACAGUAAACUGAGGUUACACAGCUAUAGAGAAACAGCUCAACUAAAGAGAACAGUUUUGGAAUAAUAAAUGGGCAGAACAUGAAAGGACAUCUUAAACAUUUCAUGUAUUUUUUUGCCAUAAUAUAUGUGUUUGCAACAAUAACAUGUGUGAUCAGUACUUGUCAAGUUUACUAGUUUGCCAUAAAUCAACUUCAGCAUAAAUUAGGUUCGGUAAUAUUCACACGUAUGUAAACUAAUUCAUCCAAUUUAUGCAAACACCUUAUUCAGAACGUAUAAUUAUAUAUUUUUUGCACAUCCAGAGUAAUUGUGGGUGUCAUGUUAUAGCAUGAAAAGUCCCCAAAACAUUAAAACAUACAACUGUAUGGCAAUCAUUUUGUCAGUUAUAGUGAUUCUGUGUUCUGUUGCAAAUAAAUGAAGUUAAAUAAAAUAAAGUCAAAUUACUGUAUAGUAGAAGAGAUCAUCUCAAUUGUUUCCAUGAGAAAGUAGCAGUAAAGAACAUGCGUGCGCUUGUAUGAUUUCCAUGUACAUUAUUCAUUGCCAACAAUUGUGUUCAUGUAAGCAUGAUAAGUGAAAGAUGUUAUUAUCUUCGUUUUUCAGAAGGCCCUAAUAUGAAAGUGUCUCCAGAUGUUGUGAGAGAGUCAAACUCUGUUCAUCUGAACUGUGAGAGUCCAGCAGAUGUGACAGUAAUUCAGUGUUAUUUCUAUGCAAAAGGAGGAAAAGAGAAAGAUAUAAAACUCAGUCCAUCAUGUGAUCUUAAUCUCACUGGGGCUGAAGUUCUCUUAUGGACGGGUUUAAAAUCCCCUGUAUCACUAGACAUUGCUUGUUACUACACAACAGAUGUGAGCGGAGUUAAUAAACCAUCAGCUCACCCUACUGCCACACUGACAAUACUGGGUGAAAUAUUAAACUCAAAUUCAAAUAGUUUUCAUGAACUUUUCUUGAUGUUUUCACAAACUUCAUACUGAUGAUCUCAUUAAACCCAUCAUGAGUGUUGAUGACAGCGCUUCCACACUCAGUAUCUCAUGUUUAAUCCCAGUGUCAGACAGAAAUGAUUUCACCUGUAAUCUCUACACUGAAGAUGGACCUCUCAGACACAGACGUCAUUCUCACAGAUCACAGUCUGGAGAACAUCACUGUGUGUUCUUCAUAAGUCUAAGUGAAAUAUUCACACAUAAGCAAACAGUGAACAGACACUUGAGUUGUGAUUAUUCAGUCAGAACAGAUCCUGAGAUGAACCUCACAUCACCACGCAGUGAUCUGUACACUAUCAGAGGUCUAACUGCUGUAGUGUCCACUGCUGUAACUCCAAACAAACCAACAACCGGUGAGUUACAAUACAACACCGUCACAAUGCUGUUCGAUAUAAAAUUGAGGUAAUAACGUAUAAAAUGAAUUGAUCCGUGAAUGUUUUCAUCCAACAGCUAUAGUGUCCACUGCUGUAACUCCAAACAAACCAACAACCGGUGAGUUACAAUACAACACUGUCACAAUGCUGUUCGAAAUAAUAUUGAUGUAAUAACCUCUAAACUUAAUCUGUGCAUGUUUUCCUCCAACAGCUGGAGCUGUAGUGUCCACUGCUCCAACCACAACAUACCCAACAACCGGUGAGUAACAAUACAUCACUGUUAGUGUGACGAGGGUGAACGCAGCCAAAAAUGUUUGCGGUGGAUGGGAAAAGAUCCUGUAUUUCUCCUGCAUCGUAUUAUAUAAACAGCAUUUAUAAGAACUCCAAAGACACAGAUGUCAUGACAAUCUAUGAAUUAAUGCGUUACCCUGUCCUCUGCUGUGCACUGAGAAGAACGCCCUAAAUAACACAGGCCAUUUUCAUAAUAAGAGUUUUAAAUGCACUAAAGCGAUCUCAAAAUCAUUUUUAAGGGGGGCUGGGCAGAAAUUUAGGGUGGCAAAAGCCCAUCUAAAAAGAGCCUAGUGAUGUCACUGAGCAGCAGAUCUCCACCGCCAAGAUAAAACAUAUGUACAUUCUGCACCAUCAAAAUGCUAAAUGAUAGAACUGUAUUUUAUUUUAUUUGUCUCCUCUUACUCAGGCUGUUUAUUUUCUACAGUCCUCUGCAUAUCACCUGACUGUUUUAGCUAAAUUAACUAUUGUAAUAAACUUCAAUAAAAUGGAAGGAAGGAGGCGGGAACCGGCAGACAUUAAACACAAAAUUUUAAUAUAAAUAAUAACAGCCGGCGGCCCCUCACGGACGACCGCCGGCGAAAUAACAUAAACAACAAAUAUAAAUACAAACGUAAAACAAGUUCGGGCCUGGUCCUCUCUCUUCGACGGUCCGGUCGCUCGUUCCUUUUAUGCUCCCUAUCUCCUACGUGAUUCGAGCCCGGUGUGCGCACAGCUGGCGCUAAUUCACAAUUACUCACCGGACUCGAACCACGGUCUCGCCUCGCCUACUCUACUACAACUAUAUUAAAGGUUUCUUUAUUAUAAUACAAAUGUGACUGAAGCAUUAUAUUUCUUACAGGUGUGGGGCUAACAAAGCUGCUGCUUUCUACAGUUAUAGGCAUAUUUGUGUCUGUAAUAUUUGGUGUCAUCUGUCUGUGCCAAUUUAACUGCUCAGAGAAAUGUCUCCAUUUCUGUCCAAUGAUAAAAGCCGAUCCUAAAGACUCAGGUAAUAUCUCAAUAAAAUAUACAUAAAAAAAUAUUUAAAAUAGAUUUAAUGCACUUUAACAAACUAUUGAUUCAUCUAGACAGACGUGAUUGUUAUUCAUUUAACUAACUGUAGGAAGCAGUCUUGUUUCAGAGAGUUAAAUACGGUUGCACACUUGCAGAAACUUUUUUAACAUAAUGUUUCCAACUGCAUCUUACAGAAGCUGAUGAUGUUCUCACUGUGGUUGUCUACACAUAAUCAACAUGAAAACUUCACAGUGGAUUUUCUGUUGCUCAGUGGUUAGAGCCUGGCGCUAGCAAUGCCAAAGUCAUGGAUUCGCCAGACAUUACACAUACUCAAAUACAAAUGUAUAUCAUGCAAUAUAAGUCACUUUGGAUAAAAGCGUUUGCCAAAUGCAUAAAUGUACUGACAUGUUUAAUAUACUUUCUAUGAACAAUAUGGGUAUAUAUAAAUAAAAAACAAUAGUGGAUCAAGGCGGUCUCUCAAAAUCAUUAUUUCGUGUUGUUCUUUCAACGAUAUGAAUUUAUAAAUAGAUCACUUUGUGUUCUCUGACAUCUGUUCGUGCUAUCUGAUGUGUAACCACAUGUAGGACAGAUUAGAGGCAAAUAUAAUAAAAACUCCAAUGUUGCAAUUGUUAAAAUGAAGAUAAAUGAUUCUUACUCUGAAAAUUUAAGAUCUGUGAUGUGAUCACAAACUAAUAAUUUACACAUCCACAUAUAUAACAGCUGAGAGCUGAGAGCACAACACAUGAAGUGGUUUCCUGUGGGCUAUCUUCCACUUCCUAAUUCAAACACUCUGUAAGUCUUGUUCUGGCUCACUCGUCUUGCACAUGGAGCUCAUGGAGCUGUUCAUCAUCGUUGCGUUGCACUUUCUGUUGGAGGUUCAGUCUUACAAAGGCCCUAAUAUGAAAGUGUCUCCAGAUGUUGUUAGAGAGUCAAACUCUGUUCAUCUGAACUGUGAGAGUCCAGCAGAUGUGACAGUAAUUCAGUGUUAUUUCUAUGCAAACGGAGAAAAAUAUAAAAAUAUAAAACUCAGUCCAUCAUGUGAUCUUAGUCUCACUGGGGCUGAAGUUCUCUUAUGGACGGGUUUAAAAUCCCCUGUAUCACUAGACAUUGCUUGUUACUACACAACAGAUGUGAGCGGAGUUCAUCAACCAUCAGCUCACCCUACUGCCACACUGACAAUACUGGAUGAUCUCAUUAAACCCAUCAUGAGUGUUGAUGAAAGCUCUGACCAGAUCAGUGUCUCAUGUUUAAUCCCAGAGUCAGUCAGAACUGAUUUCACCUGUAAUCUCUACACUGAAGAUGGACCUCUCAGACACAGACGUCAUUCUCAGAGAUCACAGUCUGGAGAACAUCACUGUGUGUUCUUCAUAAGUCUAAGUGAAAUAUUCACACAUAAGCAAAGAGUGAACAGACACUUGAGUUGUGAUUAUUCAGUCAGAACAGAUCCUGAGAUGAACCUCACAUCACCACGCAGUGAUCUGUACACUAUCAGAGCCUUAACAUCCACUCCCACUGCAAAUACAACAACAGCAAGAACAAUAACAACAGUCAAGACAACUUCUUUAGCUUUAAUGUCUACUGGUGAAAUUUUUACUGAAAUCAAACCAAAACUAACAUCUCCACAGUCUGAUCAACAAACAGUUAAGGCAACAUCAACUACCACUGCACAAACUACAACAGCAGCCAUGAUAACUAAUGCAGUGUCCACCAAUGUAAACACAACCAACACAACUCAGGCCUACUCUCUGAUCCCUUCUGUACCAGAAGCAGACACAGCCAUCUGGUUAUUAAUACUGUCAACAGCCGUGGGCUCUGUGUUUGUACUCACUGGACUCAUAUGCCUGUGCCGAUAUUCAUGCAAGAAAAUAACUAAACGUCAAGAAACUGCAGAAGAUACGUGUGCUUCUGAACCUCCAGAGGCCUACUCUCUGAUCACUUCUGUACCAGACACAGGUCUCAAUCAUCCACAGUCACACCAGGACAGCAAACCAGGUCCAUUAGAGACUUACUCGCUCAUAACUUCAACCAUCCAGCCUUCAGAUGUUUUGGUUCAUACACAACAGAAGAAGGGAAGUACUGAAGAGAAUGAGGGUCAACAUCAUGCUGUCCUAAGGAUAUCAACCACCUGGAAAAACAGGAGAGCCAUUUUGAAAAUCAGGUUCCAAAGCAAUUGUACUGACAGAAUGUUUAUCACGUGUACUGCCGCAUCCCUGACAAACCAGUGAACAGUGUUGCUGGAGAUCAGAUCUAUAGUUUGGCUAAAUGACUUUCACCUGUUUUAUUAUAUUGUACGAUUAUUAUUCGUGUGUAUCCAUA